AUGCUUCUUGCCCAUAUACCCUUCAAUCGCUAUACUUUUCCCCCGUUGCUCAAAUCUUGCGCUAAAAUUGGGUUUGGUGGUUCAUGGUUAUUGAAACAAAUCCACGGAACCAUUGUGGUUAAUGGGUUUGCCUCAGAUUUGACGAUUUCGAAUGCUUUGUUAUUCGCGAAUACUAGACGCCCUGCUGAAUUGCUUAAACGUGGGCGCAAGUUGUUUGACACAAUGUUGAAAAAGAAUGUGAUUACGUGGUCAAUGAUGAUGAAGGAUGAUCAAGAGGUGGAUAAACUGUUUGAUAGAAUGAUAGAGGCAGGUGAGAGACCAAAUGAUGUGACUUUUUAUACAAUUUUGAGAGCAUGUAAUGAGAAAGAACGCCGCGUGGAAAAUGGAUGGGAAUACUUUGACAUAAUAGAGGAGAGGUUUGGGCUGAAACCUAGGGCGGGACAUUAUGCAAAAAUCGUGGAUAUGCUGGGUUGGGUUGGCCGAGUGAAGGAAGCAGCUAUGUUAAUGUUGAGAAUGAGAAGAGAGGAGGUUGAGCCCAAUGACACUGCGUGGAGUAGCUUUCGUCGGUCCUGUUAUUUUCAUAGGAAGAUGGAGUUGUAUGAGUUAGUUGAAUUUAUUCUAAAGUAUUAUGAGACCAAGGCACGAGACCAAGGCAAACUACCAUAUAGGCAGAUGAGUGCUGACGACUCUAUGUAUGGCUACUCUAGAUAUGAUGUCCCUGAUUGGAGUGAUCUUUCUAUGAUAGUGAUGAUUAGGUCAAGAAAAUUUCUUCCAAUUAGGAAAGACUUCUUGAGUUCGGAAUAUCGAAGAAUGUAG